AUGAAAGCAGCGGUGCUACAUCAGCUAGGUACGGCUCCGAAAUACGAAGAUUUUCCUGUACCCGUUGCUCAGCAUGCAGGUCAGAUUUUACUAACUGUCAAAGCUGCAUCUGUCAAAAAUCUCGACAGAGGACGUGCUAAUGGAUCGCAUUACGCUAGUUAUACCAGUCUACCUGUGGUGGUCGGCAUCGAUGGUGUGGGUACUUUAGCAGAUGGCACUCGGGUAUAUGCCAAUGGUAUUACCGGAAUGAUCGCCGAAAGGGCGUUGAUAGACAGAAAUAAAUACACGGUAAUUCCCGAUGGGAUUGAUGAUGUCAACGCUGCCACUCUGCCCAAUGCAAUUAUGGGUGCGGCAUUGGCAAUUAAAUACCAGGGUCAGAUGAAAGUCGGCCAUACCGUUUUGGUUAACGGAGCCACGGGCGUCACUGGGCAGACGGCUAUCCAGCUCGCUAAAUACUACGGCGCAAAAAAGAUCAUUGCUACUGGCAGAAAUCCUGAAUCAUUGAAUUUAUUAACUCAGCUGGGAGCAGACGAAAUUAUUUCCUUAAAAGACAAGGAAGAAAAAAUAAUCGGUCGUUUGAAGAAACUACAUGUCGACAAUCCAAUUGAUGUCGUGAUCGAUUACACCUGGGGUCGGCCGGCUGAACUCAUACUGAAUGCGCUGAAGGGCAGGGGCGGACUGCAUAACAUUACGCCAAAAGUACGUUUUGUCACCGUCGGCAGUAUGGCAGGCGACCAGAUUCAAUUAUCGUCCGGACUUUUGAGGAGUUCGGCAAUUGAAAUUCUCGGUUCCGGGUUUGGAAGCAUUCCGACGGAGGUCAUGGAAAAGUUGCCGGCUGAAAUCCUACCGGCAAUGCUGCAGCUUGCAGCCGACGGAAAACUUAAAGUUCAAACUGUCGUCGCUAAACUAAAGGACGUAGAAACCGCCUGGCACGAACAGAUACCAGCCGGUAAAAGACUCGUUAUAGUGAUGUAA